GGAGAGGGGGAGGCUCCGGGAGCAUUUUUCAUCAUUUAAAAAACACCAAGGAGGGAGAGUGAGAGAGGUGCAGCGGAGAGAGACAGCCUCUUAGAGCUGUGAGGCAGAAGUGAUGGAUUCAGCCCGCAGAAAAGUGACAGUCUUCUCCUAACGGGCCACAGGCAGUCCACCACCUGGCCCUGGACUCAAACACUUUACUGGGAAAUUACCUCCAUCAUCAAACUAAAAGAAAAGGUACCACUUGUCUCCUCUAAGGGUUCAAACUUUUUUUUUCUGAGGAUUUUUGGAGCAACUUUUAAUGUUUGCCAGAAAAGAUCUGGGAGGUUGGGCUACUGUUGGGCAGAUGACAUUAUUCUAGUAGCAAACACUAAAACCCUACUGCUUCUCCACUGGUGAACUGGACUGAGGGGACAGAAAGUGGAUGGGCAGAGAGCAAAGAGAGAGAGAGAGGAAAACGUAAGGGUGAAACUUUCUCACUUGGGAUGAUUUUCUACCAAGAAAAACGUCAAACAACUCUAGGAGGAAGGCAGAACAACUAAAGGAGCCUCAUCAGCACUGUGCAGUUAUCUUGCUUUGGUGAAUUGGACACAAACUCAUGGAUCCCCCUCCAAUAGUCCUGCUGGGGGUCCUUCUCGUUUAUGGACUAGCCUGUGGUGUCCAGCUGACGCAAGGGAGUCUGCCAGGCAGUAACCAUGGCAAAGACAAGACCCAAGAAUUUGGAAGCAGUGAGGAUGAUCUUGAAGGAGAGUUUCUCUACGCUGGAAGAAGCAAACGGGCGCCAGCUGAACAGCCGCAGGACAAGUGCUCCUACACAUUUAUUGUGCCUCAACAAAAAGUUACCGGAGCCAUCUGUGUAAACUCCAAGGAGCCAGAGGCUAUGCUGGAGAACCGGGUCCACAAACAAGAGUUAGAUUUGCUAAAUGUGGAGCUACAAAAACAAAAGAGGCAGAUUGAGACUCUACAGCAAUUGGUUGAGGUGGACGGAGGAAUUGUCAAUGAGGUCAAGCUUCUGAGGAAGGAGAGCAGAAAUAUGAACUCAAGAGUGACUCAACUCUACAUGCAACUUCUCCAUGAGAUUAUCCGAAAAAGAGACAAUGCCCUAGAGUUAGCACAGAUGGAGAACAGGAUCUUGAACCAAACUUCUGAGAUGCAGCAGCUCACCAGUCGAUACAAAGAUCUUGAGCACAAAUAUCUUCACUUAGCAUCUUUGGCCACAAAUCAGUCGACUCUUAUUGCCAUGCUGGAGGAGCAGUGCCAGACUCGACCCCCUCAACGUUAUGUUCCAGUUGCCCAGCCUCGGCCUCAGUCCCCUCCACCAUCACCACCUCUAAUGAAGCCCUACCAGCCACCGGUCCUUCCACGCAGCAGCAACCCAAUCAGCAAUGAGAUCCAAAGCGAUCAAAAGUCUCUUGUUCAACCGAUGCCCUCUGGUACUCACAGCCCAUCCACCACAGAUGAGCCCAAAGGCCCAUUUAAGGAUUGUCUGCAGGCUCUGGAAGACGGCCACACGGGAAGUGGCAUGUACCUGGUGAAGCCAGAGAAUGCCAACCGCCUCAUGCAGGUGUGGUGUGACCAGAGACAUGAUCCAGGUGGAUGGACGGUUAUCCAGAGGAGGGUGGACGGAUCUGUCAACUUUUUCAGGAACUGGGAGACAUACAAGCAAGGAUUUGGCAACAUCGAUGGUGAGUACUGGCUUGGUCUGGAAAACAUCUACUGGCUGACAAACCAGGGAACGUACAAGCUGCUGAUCACGCUGGAGGACUGGAGUGGCCGGAAAGUGUUUGCAGAGUACGCCAGCUUCAGAGUGGAGCCUGAAGCCGAUUACUACAGACUGAGAGUGGGCCGCUAUCAUGGCAAUGCUGGUGACUCCCUCACCUGGCAUAACGGCAAACAGUUCACAACACUGGACAGAGACCGUGAUGCAUACACAGGAAACUGUGCUCACUAUCAGAAGGGAGGCUGGUGGUACAACUCAUGUGCCCAUUCCAACCUGAAUGGAGUUUGGUACAGAGGAGGACACUACCGCAGCCGCUACCAAGAUGGAAUCUACUGGGCAGAGUUCAGGGGAGGAGCCUAUUCACUCAAGAAAGUAGUCAUGAUGAUCCGUCCUAAUGCUAACACCUUCCACUAAUUCUCAAAGGAACAUAUUUUAUACUGCAUUUCUCACUUUUUUUAUGCAGUGGUACUAAACAAAGUCAAAGAGCAAAGAGAUGCUCAAAGUGCAAUCUUGAAACAUCAGGGUGAUAUGAGUCUUACAAAUAAUUAAAGUUGUGCAUCAUUAUUCUGUUGCCUGAUCGUUUUACCAUUUUUCCAUAAAGAAUACUUAUACCUCGGGAGGUAUUUAUAAUGCAACUCAGCAAACAGAAAGUUAAGGUAUGCUCUUGUUUUCAUCUGAGUGACUGAACAGCUCUACAUUAGGAUCCCAUCAGUAUUUCUAUAUAGUAGGUCAAAAACAAGGUGGUUGACACAGGAAAUGCAUCCAGUGACUAACUUUUACUUUCAUGCUAAAAACAUUUCUUUAGGUUUACUUUUCAGGAACAGUAAAGACAGUUGACUUGUCUUGAGUUUUCUGGUCCAUAAUGUCAUUUACAUUAAAAUGCACAAAUAAAAUGGUGUUUUUUAACUAAACCAAAAAGAACAAAACAAAUUGAAAAUUUUAGUUACUUUUUGAUUUAUUGAAGAUUUUUUUAAAUGGAUUUGACAUGUUUUCAGAUGGUACAUUCUAUUUGAAUAAAAAGGUUUUGAAAUUUUGAAUUGCUUUUGCAGGUAUUCUUUAAGUUGCUUGUAUAAAUGAAGCACUGUAUUUACUGCAUAAAUUAAUGGGUUUGUUGAUGCCUGUAGCUCCAACACAACAUAUUUGUACAUAAGAUACUGUAUUUGUAAAAUAAUGAUUUUUAAGGUUAUACCAACAUUAUGUUGCAAUAAAAUAUGUACAGCUUUU